AUGUUGCCCCUUGCUGAUGCUGCUGCUUCUCAAGGAGAGUCUGCUGCUUCCCUUGCUGCUGAUAUGCUGCCACCUGCUGCUGCUGCAGCCUCUCUUGCUGUUGCUGCUGCUGCGGAGCCUACGGCUAAGAGAGCUUUCUUGCCCGUUGCAAAACGAUCAGAAGCUGCUGCUGCAGCAGCAGCAACUGCAGCAUCAGCUCCAACAAACGUUGGGCCAGAAGCGCCGCCAGAUUUGAAAAGAGCUGCAGCAGCAGCAGCAGCAGCAGCAGCAGCAGCAACACACACAAAAGGAACCACGCAGGCGCUCCGCCUCAUAGCCGCUUACAGAGCGAAAAACUUGGCAGAGCGACAGCAAAUGCAGCAGCAGCAGCAGCAGAUGCAGCAAAGGCCACAACAGCUUCCUGAGACAGUUGCUGGAGUGUUCAGCAGCAAGGGCAGUAGCAGCAGCAGCAGCAAGGAACGAAUGGAAGGCUCGCCACUUCGGAGCAGCAGCAGCAAGAGGCAGGGCAUGUGUGAAUAUCAGAGGACGCAUGACAACAGCUGCGGCAGCAGCAGCAGCGGCAGCAGCAACAGCAGCAGCUGCAGCAGCAGCUGCAACGAGAGCUGCGAGCUACCUGCGGGGUCUCCCAGAGUGGACACCCAGAGGGUGCUGCGCGGCGGGCACAGCAGCAUCAGCAGCAAGACCAGCAACAGCAGCAGCAACAACAAAAAGCAGCUGCACCACGAACAGCAACUGCAGCAGCAGCAGCAGCAGCCCCUAGCUUUGCCUGCUGUUCUCAAAUUAAAGCCUCGGAGGUUGUCGGCUGUCUCCACAGGCUGCUUGCCCCGCGAGCAGCAGCAGCAGCAGCAGCAGCAAAAGCAGCAGCAACAAGAACAGCAGCAGCAGCAGCAGCAAAAGCAGCAGCAACAAGAACGGCAGCAGCAACAGCCGCAGCGGUCGCAGUCGAGGGCGGGCGAGCCUGGAGUAGCAGCAGCAGCAGCAGCAGCAAAAGGCCCUCCAAAUGCCUCUCAGGUGGCAGCAGGCACCUCUGGUGCAGCAGCAGCAGCAGCAAAAAUGUCAGCAGCUGGAGCACCAGAAACAUCAGCAGCUGCAGCUCCUGCUGCAGCAGCAGCAGCAGCUGCAUCAGCAGAAACAUCAGCAGCUGCAGCUCCUGCUGCAGCUGCAGCAGCUGCAGCAGCAGAAACAUCAGCAGCUGCAGCUCCUUCUGCAGCAGCAGCUGCUGCAGAAUUACCUCGUAAGGUCCGUAGUGUCUCUCGCCCUGGAUAUUUUUUGAAUUACAAAAAGCACCAGCAAGCCGACACUGUGGCUGCUGCUGCUGCUGCUGUGUUAGUGAGCUGCGCUGGCCAGCAGCAGCAGCCGCAAGAACAGCAGCAGCAGCAUCGGCAGCGGCUGCUGCUGCCCACAGAAACUAGCAGCAAAAGCGGGCCUUCAGUCAGCGUGACAAACAUGCACUCUAGCAGCGCUGAGCCUGCUGCAGCAGCAGCAGAAGCAGCAGCAGCAGCAACAGCAGAAGCAGAGGCCUCGUCGACAGGGACACGAGCAGCAGCAGCAGCAGUACUACAAGCAGCAAACGCAGAAGCAACUACAUCAGCAGCAGCAAAAGCAGCAGAAGCAAUGUCCGCAGCAGCAGUAGCAGCAACAGCGCUGCCUGCUGAAAAAUCAGUAACACGCUGCUGCAGUGGGAAGCUGACUACGAACUCUCUAGCACCCAGCAGCAGCAGCGACUGCAGCAGCAGCAGCAGCAGCAACAAAUGCAUAAUAGGGAUAGUACAACAACCCCACCGCGUUGAGGGGCCCCUCAGCAAAGAAAGUAAAAGGGCCCCCAAGUUGCUUCGAAGGAGAGCAGCAGCAAAUAGGGGGAUGGGCCCCGUCAAGCUGCGUGUGCGUCACCAGCUGCUGCUACUGCAGCUGCUGCAGCAGCAACUGCAGCAGCAGCAGCACCAACUGCAGCAGCAGCAGAUGCAGCUGCAGCAGCAACGGCUACUCGCGGAAGCAGCUGCAGCACAGCCUCUAGCAGCAACCAAUGGUUCUCUUAGUUCUGGGGCCGCUGCUGCUGCUGCUGCUGCAUCGGCAGCGGCAGAAGACAGCUGCAGGCCCAAAAAGCGGA